GUAUCUAGAUACAUGCAAAUAUUCAGCUCAGUUUCAGCAACUGUGACCUUCACUUUGACGAUACAUUCAGAGAAACAGAUAAAAAUAGGAAACCUAUUAAAAAAUUUGAUUCAGAAAAUAAAACAUAAAGAACACGAGCAAACAUGAAACUUGAAAAUCUUGCUAUGGUCAUGGCAGUAUUUCUUUUGUGUACCUUUAUAGAAGGGGUGGUUCCUGAACCUGGCAGCUGCAGAAGAUUCUCUCUAAAACAACAGGUUUCUAUGAUUGAAGAUGAAGUAUCCUUCAUUAAAGAUAAAGUAUCAACAAUUGAACAUGACAUUUCUACUAUGAAAACUGACAUAACCACUAUAAAGGAUGGGAUCUCCCAUCUAGGUCCACAAAUAGGAGACAACAGGGCACUUGCAGCCAACUCCUGCUUGGAAAUUUUACAAAAACUAUCAAUUACCCCUCCUUCAGGCCUGUACCAUAUUAGAUUAAGUCCGUACUACACAAAAAGAUUGUACUGUGACAUGGUAACUUAUGGGGGAGGGUUCACCCUCGUAUGGACAUUCACAUUCACUAAUUAUAGCUACUUCUCAACUUGUCAAAAUGCUGUAACUCCAAGGCCUAACUGGAAUUUGACCAAAUUUAUGUCCCCUCGUGAAAUUUCUAAUAUCAAGGUUCCUGUCUCAAGAACUCCACCUGAAUCAGAAGAACAGUUAGGAGCCCUUGACUUUAAGUAUUGGAAGCUUAUAGGACACAAAUGCUUCAUUGUAAAAUCGAACAUUAUCAACUGGAUACUCUGCAAAUAUUAUAGAGGAAGUUUUGUGGAAGAAGGUGAAGAUGGUCGAAUCUCAUGUAGAGUGAUCAAGGUUGUUUCAACUGACCACCUUCAGUGCAAAGAUGUCAGACCUGGAGAGGUGAGGUGGCAUCAUUGUGGCUUGGACCUGCAGGUUGAUGGCUAUGAUUAUCUCCAGUUUGAUGUCAACUCUGAAUUGUGUAUUCCUACUUGGGAUCCAUGUGGGCAAGGCCAAGAAACAAGAUAUGUUAAAGAUGUUGACUUCCCACAUGGCAAUGUCUACAUACGUUAAUAUCUGUAAAUGCAAAACAACAGCAGAGAAUUCCUAAUUGUAACUCUUAUUGCCGUAAAAUACAAGGAGCAGACUAUAAAAGUUGUUAACAUGUGCUUCUCAAAUGAGAAUUCUAAAGUGCCAUUUGAAGCUUUUUUAUAAUACUUUGAUUUUAAGGUUAUUUGGCAAUAAUUUUGAAUUUCCAAUGAAUUUGGAAUUACAUGUUACAUCUCCAUUUAAAUAACUUCUCAAAUAUCGAUAACUUCAAAAUAUAAUUAAUCAUCUAAAAACAUUCCGAUGACAAAAUAAGGAUUAUGACAG